AGCUUCCGGGUAAAUGUGACAACACUUCCGCUAAACUUCCUCCGCUUUACUUUCAUUGUUGACAGUUUUUUAACUACUGAAAAAAAAUUCGUUAUAAAUCGGAUUAACAAAAGUCAUUACAUCUCUAAUGAUAUUCGUUCAUUUAUUAGACAAGUAGCCGCUGCGUCAGUUGUGUGGGGAAUACUUUCAUGUUUUCUUCACUGUUAGUGAGCUAAGCAGCUAGCCGUCUAGCUUGCUGUACAGCUGCUGUGUGUCUGGGAAUCUGCUCUGAAAGCCAAGAUUAUGUUUUUGUUAUGCUUUUACUUGUUUUGAAUAACCAGUGCAGCAUGGAGUCCGAAGGAAUCGUGAUUCGGAUAAAAACCCCGCUGGGAGACAUGGACUCAUCCGUGGACUGUCCUUCACAUCUCAACUUCAGCGAUCUGCUGGGCGCGAUCAAGGAUGUCAUGCCUGAAGCCACAGUCACCGCUUUUGAAUAUGAGGAUGAAGUUGGUGAUCGAAUCACAGUUCGCAGUGAUGAGGAGCUCAAAGCCAUGCUGUCAUAUUAUUGCAACACAGUGAUGGAGCAACGCAUCAAUGGACUGUUACCUGAGCCUUUACAGAUAUUUCCACGAGCCGGUAAGACCCCAGGGAUCCGCAAUAUACAUGGCCUGAAGGUGAACACGCGGCCCGAAUCCUCAUGUGGCAGGGGCUCCUCUGCGGCUGAUUCCCGGUCCAGUGAUAGCAGUUUAAAGAAAUCUUCUGCUGAGCUUAAGAAGAUUUUGACGAAUGGACAGAUAAAUGAACAUGACCUCCAGUACCAGGAGCAGCUUGGCCAUGGAAAUGGCGGAACAGUUUACAAAGCUUACCACUUGCUUGGGAAGAGAAUUGUAGCAGUGAAGGUUAUUCCUCUCGACAUCACCGUGGAGCUGCAGAAGCAGAUCAUGUCCGAGCUUGAGAUCCUUUAUAAGUGUGAUUCUCCAUACAUCAUUAAGUUCUACAGUGCUUUCUUUGUGGAGAACAGAAUAUCGAUAUGCACUGAGUUUAUGGAUGGUGGCUCUCUGGAUGUCUACUGGAGAAUCCCAGAGCAUGUCUUGGGCAGAAUUGCUGUUGCGGUGGUAAAAGGAUUAACGUACCUCUGGAGCUUAAAGAUUUUACACAGAGAUGUGAAACCCUCCAACAUGCUGGUUAACACACGGGGUCAGGUUAAACUGUGUGACUUUGGAGUCAGCACACAGUUGGUGAACUCCAUUGCUAAAACAUACGUUGGAACCAAUGCAUACAUGGCGCCUGAGCGAAUAUCAGGUGAACAGUAUGGUAUUCACUCAGACGUGUGGAGCGUUGGAAUCUCUUUCAUGGAGUUGGCGCUGGGCUCUUUUCCAUAUCCACAGAUUCAAAAGAACCAGGGCUCCUUAAUGCCUCUUCAGUUAUUGCAGUGCAUUGUUGAUGAGGAUCCUCCGGUGCUUCCAAUUGGUCAGUUCAGUGAGAAAUUUGUCCACUUCAUUACACAAUGUAUGAGGAAGCAACCCAAAGAAAGACCAGCUCCAAAUAAUCUUAUGGACCACUCUUUUAUCAUGCAAUAUAACGAUGGCAACACGGAGGUCGUGUCCAUGUGGGUGUGUCGUAGUCUAGAGGAUCGCAAAAGCCAGCAAGCACAGAGACUCAUGUGAACAGCAGCGGCACCGGAUGGAAUUCUGGGAUAAUAUGGUGUCCACAUUUCCUCACUUUACUCUUCCACUAAACCUAGAGAAGCAGCGGCUGAUCUUGCAGCACCUCCUCCCAAUAUUGAGUUAAAUGGUGCAUGGUGAGAGAACUGCUUCAAGAACAAUGCAGAUUAUGCUAGCAUCGUGCAAAUGAGGAUUUUAACCGUGUAUGUUGGUUUGCAUUGAUGCAAAUCUUUAACUUUAUUCUUCUGCCGUGGGUUUCUUUUCACUUUCUGUGCAGAUUCCAAAGUAAAUGUUUUCGCAGAAGAUCCUUGCGGGGGGCUGUUGCUUGCUUGACUCAGAUUUAGUUCCUGUGGGUUUGGAUUUGAGAGAAAAUACUGUCUCUGUACUUAAAGCAACAAUCUGGUUUUGCCAAAACAUUGUGGGUAUGUCAUAAAUCAUUUCGGUUUUUAAAUAUAUGGGCUUGUGUCAAGCAUUGCCCCCUGCUGCAGUGCAAGUCAUGCUGCUGUUGUUUUAAAAGCCACUUUUUGUUGAGUUUCAUAAAUGGCCUGCCACUUGUGGCAAUACACCAUUGAAGAUGGAAAAAUGUGAUGCCUUGUUGUGGUGGAAGGCUUGUGUAUGAUAUUUUAGAUAGUCCAGCAGCAGCCGACUGUAAUGAAACAUGAGAGGCCAGUUGUUUUGGUCAAGCAUAAACCCAAGGGGUUCAUGGGAAUGGGUUACUUUGAUUUGGGCAUUGCCUUAAUCUCUCUUUUAAGGUCAUUUUAUACAAUUUUAUCUCUAUGUACACAACUGUUAAAAAGUUUGUAAUCGGUAAGUUUAUAUUAUAAAAAUAUGAAGCAGCCCAA